CAGUGAGGAGUGGUGGAAAUGUGCGCAGCAGACAGCGAUAUGGAGCGAAAGUAAACUCAUUCCUCGCUUCACACAACACUAUAUACAUAGAAAAAAUACACGUCGAUUAUAUCAGCCCGAGCUCGGUGCUCUUGCACCGUCGGGACCGCACUUUCACAAGCUCCGGGGCCCGCAUUCGGAGCUGAGCUGAGCUGAUCUGGAUCGGAGCUGGACCUGGACCGAGAAAGCAGCAGCAGCAGCAGCAGCAGCAGCAGCAGCAGCAGCGGCAGCUCGGGAUCACAUUCAGAUUCAUCUGCAAGAAAUAGCUGCGAAGAUCAUGAGCCGGAGGGACAUCAUGUGAAAACUCACCAAAACCCGGGCGGCGGCGUGGCUGCGCAAAGAGACUCCGGGGAAAUCUCAAUUUCUUCACCGAUCACCCCCGACAGAUAUAACUGGCCGCUGUUUCUCCCCGUCCCCGAGAUCGUCCGGGAGCAAAGGGGACGGCGAGAGCGUCCGUAACUAAUAGGCCCUGAAGGUUGGAGCAGUGAAGGAGUGGAACUAUUCUAAUUGGUCUUCACCUGUCAUGCUUGCCACAGCCUCGUUGUACAACGGCAUUCACGAUUGGACACAAACUGACUCUAUACGGAUGUGUGGCAUUAAGGAAGAUAGGAGAUCUUCACUCACAGAUGCAGAAUCCAGGAAAAGUGCUCCACAGCUUGUAGGGACGGAAGAUACUUAUAUUAACAACCACACUGAAGUGGUGACUGAACGAAUGAGCAAUGGUGUCCAACAAGUCGAGGGGCUUGAAAGUAACUUGUUGCAGGAGGAACUACAAAAUUGCAAGGAUAAUGAUCCUGAAAGAUCUGUUCCAAAAGAAGAGGAGGUCGCCCUCAUGACCACUUCAGAUGCCCAAUUAAAGACUGACAAAGUUACCAAUGUGGAAAGUAAAUUGGUACACGGGGAAAUGCCAGAAAAUGGAGAUAAGAAAAUGAAAAAUGUGGAGAUUGUGGGUAUGAAUCGGAAAGCACAACAACCUCAGUCAAAAACCGCUUGCACUCAGGAUAAUGCUGGGGAACCAGAAAAGACAGUGAAAGAAAAAUUGACUCCUGGGAAUGAAGCUUCAUACAAAGGGAUUCCAUGGAUUGAUCCACAAUUAGACAGUGCUACAUCAGGGGUUCACCACCCUUUUAAUGCACUGAGUUCAUUAAACGUAUACAAACCUUGUUUAUCAGCAUCUCAGAAUAUACACAAAGUGGGUCAACCUUAUUUUUCACCAGUGUUUAAUCAGGGUCCACAUUUGAUGUACUUACCAGCACCAAGCUUAAGCCAUCCUCAUGUUGCACUUUCCCUUUCAACAACUUUAGGUGUUACAGGAGUGCAGACUGUAUCACCAUUAUCACAAUGUAAAGGUGUCAGCCCAAAUAUACCACCUGAUCGGCAUUCAUAUUCUCAUCCAUUGACUUCCGGCAGACCUUUGACUUCAGAACCUAAAGCCAAACAUGCUGCUGAUUAUUCUCAUUCCCUUCUUGUGAGAACAAAAACCCAUUCGGAACCACCUCAGAAGCAGCAGUUUUUAAUUUCUCCAUCUCAUGCUUCAUCACCAUCUCCCCACAUUUAUUUCAAUUUGGGCAGUGAAUUAUCUUUGUCACGGAAGAAUUCAAACAACCAGUUACCUAAAAUUGCUGCCCGCAGUCCUACUCGUCAACCUUCACUUGGGCUAGAAAGCUCACAACCUCCAUUCAUGGUAUUCAGAUCUCCACCUCAACUUGAGAAGCAGAUAUAUCCAGAAGGAUCCCAUGAUCUGCCUCUUGAUUUGUCAGCAAAAUCAAGUUGUUAUGGCAUAGGGGUUAAGCAGAAUUCUUUACCCGAGCUGAGGAAAACACCACCCAUGCCUGUGUUAACUCCUGUGAAAGGGGAUAGGUCAUUUUCUGUAUUGCACUCUAAAAGUGAUGGCGUUUCCCCACGAAUACCUCAAAGUGGCUACAAUACCAGCAGUAUUAAAGGAAGCUUUGGAUUAACACCUCCGCUUCUGGUUUUUCCUGAUACUAUAAGAAAUGGGGCUACUCUGCAAAAGAAACCGGUUGCAUCUUUAACAUUUCAGCCAUCAAAUCCCGCUGUGUCAUGGGUAAAAGGUUCCAGUGGUUCAGUGAACCGAAAUCCACGGACAUUUGUCGGAGUGGCUAAUGCUAUACCUGCAUCUAUGUUACAGAUUGUUAAUGGAGAUCUCAAGAGUGCUGCUAAGCAAGAACCAAUUUCUAUUGUUUACCAAGGAGACAGCCAGUUGGCACUUCCCAAUGGCAACAAAAAUGGGGAGCCCAAAAAUGAUGCACAUGAAGAUCAUGUUGUAAAAGAAAGUAAUAAUCAUUCACACAGCUGUUUUGUAUCUUCCUCUGGUGAAGUAGCAGCAUAUCCUCCUCCAUUCCUCAUUGGAAGCAACAUUCCCAUUCACCACCUAACACUAGAUAGGGAUAAAACUUCAUUUCAUCAUUCACCAUUAUUAACAAAUGGCAACUGUUCAGCACCACAACUGUCACUAACUCAAGGAAUUCCUUAUGGCGUAUCAUCUUCCAGAGGAGAAUAUACUUUGUUCCAAAGCCCACAUCAUUUAGGAGCUGUAUGGACCCCUCAUAAAAUCCAUGUGAAAAAGACGAAGGAAGACCAGCAACAGACAACGGGGACACCAUUGUCCAACUUGGAGUCUAUAGUUCAUAACACGACUUUGGAGCUGUUUGCAGUUGAAAAUAAAAAGGAGAGUCCUAAAUCAUUCAGUCCAAAUGCAAUAAGUAAGGAAGGGAUUCCUUCCAAAGAUUUGAACCAACCAGCCUCCAAAUAUAUAAAUAUAGUUGACUUAAGUCAUUUAUCAUCUGAAAACCAAAAUAAAAGUGGUCAGAAAGAUCAACAGAAUACAGUUUCCACAAUCAAGAUGGACAAAAUGGCUAAACCUAAUAAAGGAGUUGCCAGAGAAAAUUGUAAGAAUUCAACAAGUGGUGUGGGUGAUGAUGAAAAAGUUCAUAAUAAAGAACUAGAAGUUCAAGGAAUAAUUACGUCUUUGCUGUUGAGCAAACAGCCUUUCACUAAUCAGAGCCAUAAUCAUAAAGAUCUUCCUGUUGCAGAUUUACAAAGUGACAGGAAUUUAGAGGUAGUGGCCAUACAGGAGUUAGCAAAUGGAAGUACAACAUCCUCCAAAUUGUCUACAGAUGCAGAUUUAUCAAUGACUAAAGGUAUGUGUAAUGAAAAAGAACGUUGUACUGCUGGACCAGUCAAACGUACUGUUACCAAAGAAAAGGAUGGUUCAGUGAUGAAUCCAGUUUCUAAAUGCAAAGGCCCUAAUUCAAUUAGGUGCAAUGCAAACCCAUCUAGCUGUGUGGGAGAGAAGUUCAAAUGCACUAAGAAGGAAGAUAUUGUGAGUUCCAACAGGUUAAAUCGAGAAGAGCAGACCAUUCAGGGAAGCAAAAGACGGUCAAGCAGUCUCGAAGUGAGCCAGAUAGAAAGUGAAGAAAAUGUCUGUUCAUGUGAUGGACACGAUGGGGCAAGAAGAAGCAGACGGCUGAAAACACCAAAGACUGAAUCCCCUUCCAGUACAGAAGUGCAAGAUAAAGGUCAAACUGAUUUAACUCUGAAAAAAGGCAAAAACAGUUUUCAGGACUUCAUUCCAGUGGUGUUGAAAACUAGGACCCGUAGUCAGUCAGAAAGUCAUUCCGGCACAUCAAUAAAUUUGGGAUAUGAGCAGACAGACAGUUCAUUGGGGGAAAGUCAGCGUAUGCAAGAGGUGGGAGAAGAUGAUGUAACGAAUUCAACGGAUCAAGAACUGUUUAAAACGGAGGGUGAAGAGACCAAAGAAGAAAGUGAGCUGGCAAUAUCUACCAACUUGAUUACAGACUUGAGUGAACAAGAUAGUUUGGAACAACCUGACUUGACUUGCCUCGUAGACACUGAUGGGAAUUGUAAAACUAAUAAUAAACAAACCCCCAUCAUUAAGACACAAGCAAGAGGCAGUAGAAAAAAAAUCCCGAAUGAGGUAGUUUCAGAAGUGUCUUUCCACGAAGGGGAGAAAAAUCAAGUGGGCAUUGGUUCGCAUACACAAAAGGCAGUUACCACAGGCAUAUGGACACCACCUACUUCAUCACAAAAUAAGCUAACUCCUUCACCAACAUUAUCUAAUACUGACUGGAACCUGAGUAUCAGACACAGCACACCUGUGACAGGAAGUGUACGGAAACGUAAAGAGUCGUGCAGCUCAGAUGUUCUCAAUUUGUCCCACAUACAAGAAUCUCCAAGUCAGUACCAGCCUGAAAAACCAUCAGGAAAACGUAAAUGUAAGACAAAGCAUAUUGGUGGGUCCCUGCCAUCAGAAGAAGGUGCAGACAAUCAAGGAAAGCACAAGGUUAAAGUAAAGCAAAACCGCUCCCUCAAGCGCUUAGCAUUAAUGCUGGAUUCUGAUUGGAGCCCGUCACCAAAGAAGAAACGUGAUUAUUCAGUCCGCCUGAAAAAGAGAACAUCCUCAGCUACUCCGGUUAAACAUGCAACAGUCACAGCAACAGCACAGUCACCAUCUGCUGAAGCAACGACAUCCACAAGACAGCAUUCUCUAUCUGAAACACGAAAACUAAUCGUAAAUAAGAAUGCUGGUGAAACCUUGCUGCAGAAGGCAGCACGAUUAGGUUAUGAGGAUGUGGUUAUUUACUGUUUGGAGAAUGAAGUGUGUGAUAUUAAUCACCGGGAUAACGCAGGCUAUACGGCAUUGCAUGAAGCUUCUGCACGAGGCUGGCUUCAUAUUGUCACACGGCUCCUGGAGCACGGAGCGGAUGUAAAUUGCAGUGCCCAAGAUGGGACAAGACCUAUUCAUGAUGCUGUUGUGAAUGACAACUUGGAGAUCGUCCAUGUUCUACUAUCAUAUGGUGCAGAUCCCACACUUGCUACCUAUUCAGGUCAUACACUUCUGAAGAUGACUCAUAGUGAGCCGAUGGAACAGUUUCUUAUAGAAUAUUUAACUGACUUGAGGGGGCGAAGUGAGGAUGAUCCGGCCCUUCAUUGGGAAUUUUAUGGCAGUUCUGCAUGUGAGCAGAAUAAGGAGAUCGUUUGUAAUAUUUUGUCAAAUCCCCCUGGUCUUGAUGAACAAGAAGAUGAGGAUACCAAUUACUUUGUAUUUGAGUUUUCUGAAAAGCCUCUUCUUCCAUGUUACAAUGUACAAGCUUCCCUUACUCAUGGCCCUUGUAAUUGGUUGGUGUUAUCUGAAGUUCUACGAAGAUUGAAAAUGUCAGUCAGGAUUUUUCAGUCCCGCUACCCUCAGUUUGAAAUUGUUACCAUUACUGAAGUGGAAUUUUACAAGCAGGUGACCACAAGCCAGGUACAUUCUCAACUCGGGAAUCUCCAGUUCUGCUCCAUGGACGGCAGGAUGUCUCUGGAAUUGGUACGGUGCGUGCCAGAGUUAUUGGACCUUAUUGGUUCUACGGUGGAAUUAUUAACUGAAGACUGUGAAAAAGUCAUUAAAUUCACAAGGUGAACCAAAAUCAUGACUGAUUGACAAACUUAUCAUUACCCAUUUAUUUGAGAUGGGAAUUGAAUGGGUACUAACAGGUGUGUGCAGUAAGCAAGCUACUACUUCUGUUAUCUCAAAUCAGGCAUAGACUAGCCAUGCUGACAAAUAGUAGAAAUAACAGUCUUGACCUUAAAGUGCAACAGUACAAGGUUUGCUGGGAUGUUUAAAAAAUGUUAGACCAUUUUAACUAGGUUCAUUAAAACGAUUUUCUAUCUAAUUAUGUUUAAGUGCACCUCAGUUUGUGAUCCAUUAACCAUGAACAAUGAUCAGUAAUGCCAGUGGUACAGUUGAUUCUUGUAAAAUAAACAUUAUUUAUUCCUGUUCCUACAUUUUGCUUAUCACUUACCCUGUAUCCUCUUUUAAAAGAUAUAAAAAAACUGCUUGAUUUUCUGCCCAUUUCAACGAUAAUUGUGUACCACACAUCAGUUUUCACCUAGAGGUCAGGAGAUAGCCUUUUCAUAUUUGCAAAACUGUUUUUUCAGACAGUUGCUGGGAGGUGGGAAGAAUACCUGAUGAAUUAGAGUACAUCUCAUUUCUCUUCUUGCUCUUCCUGCCUCUCAGGUAGAGGCCUUGACUCAAACUGAGAGCCUUGCACAUCAGUGAAGCUAAAAGGCAUUCAGCACAGUAUAGUUAAACGUGUGUCCAAUGUUUUACUGUGAUACACCAUUUUGCAUUGAAGAAAUACAAUUAGAUGUAUUUUUUAAAUGCACUUGUAUCUAAUCUGCUGCACAUAGGUAGAACAAAAUUGAUGUUUUUAAAUAUGAGGGUUUUUUUUAGAUCAAGAAACAGGAAUUCACUGUAUCAUAAUUUAGCCAAAUUAUCAGUGCCUGAAAGGCAUAUUUUCAACAUUCAAAAUUAAAAUUGUUCAUUUCUUAGCAACUGAGCAUAAAAUUGCUCUUAAAUAUAACAUUUAACAAUGACAGAGGGUAUCUUAAUGGAAUCAGUAGUUUCCUUGUCAGACUAUAUCUAUAAAUUUGAUAUUUGUACCCUGUAAGUAGGGAUUAUGACUUUUUGCCACAGUUAUGUUUUUUGUGGGUGUUUAUAUUUUCUUGAGCAGAUUUUUAUUUUCCAGCUUAAAGCAAUUUAAAAUCAAAGUUAGACUAAUCAAAACUGAAAUUGAAUGCUAGCAUGUGUGUUGUUUAUUGAGGUAAAAAUUGAAAAACCCACUGGAAAUUUUGUUAGUCACUGAUAAUUUUCAACCUGAGUUAGAAACUAUACAACUCUGAGAUGAUGCACUUUAUGUUGACUGCUUGUUGAGUUGCACCAAUCAUUUGGCUUUCUAUACGCCUGCAAUUACAAAUUAAAGUCAAGUGUUUGUUUAAAAGAAAGAAAGAAAGUUUAAAAGAGACAUGCAGCUUGACUCCUUUGAAGUACAAGGCUGAUUCAAAGCUCCUUUGGCAGUUCAUGCGAUUAAGGUAAUCAACAUUCCAUUUUUGCCAUUUAAACCAAAAUGCUGAGCUAGUAAGUAAUGACUUUUUAUUUUAGAAUAAGACCUGACAACCAAAUCACAUUUUAAUUUGGUUAGAUUUUAUCGUAAACUAGAAAGAAAUAAUCUAGGUUUAAGAGUCAUGUGUUUUCAUGUUAGUAUGAUAAAUUGGAUGUGCAUUGUUGCAAAACUCAGGAAUCGGACAGGUGAUCCAAUUCGUAGAGAUAACAAAGCCUCUGGGGUAAUCUCACUCUGCUUAGAUUUCACAUCAGAUAUAGUAUAAUUAUAAUUCUAAGUAAAACCAGUUUCCAUGCUAUUGAUUCAGUGGCACUCAUUAAUACGACAUGCAAAAGCCAAGUAUGCAGUGUUAAUCUGCUGAUUUUACUGUUGGUAGCAGAUCUAAAAGUAUGGGCCCUGUAUUGUCAGCACACACCUCCUUAUGGACCUUCUAUUGUUUUAUUUGAAGUUCUGUGUGAAUGUAGAUGCAUGAAGCUUCACCUUCCCUCAGUCAUUCAACAGGUAUAAGAUCAAUCAAUCAACUGGUUGGCUGCUUUUAGCACUCUUUGAAACCUGCAGCAUAGAUGAGAUGAGAUAUACCUGGGUAGAACUGAUUUGGUUUUCUGUAAUCUUUCAUAUAUUAAAAAUUUCAGUUGAUCACAGCAUUGCAUUCAUUAUACCUGCAGAUGAUGAUGUGAGCAUUUAUGUCUCAUUAUAUGCAGUGGUCCAUGACCAAUGCAUUGGAAUAGUUCAUCUGUAAUUGUUAUGAACUUGCCUGAAAGUCUGCCUUGUGGCAUUUUUUCAUUUUUACUCAAUCUACUUUAUGAGUUAAACAUCAGCAUUGAACAACCUUUAUCAAAGUCAUGAACUGCCAAGCCAUGAAUAGAGAGCAAUUCAACCUACAGUUCUUCCCUCGUGAUAUCCAGUGACAUCCCUUGCAACUCAGAACAUACACCCAUCUAAUCAUCAGCAUGUCACAAAUACCAAGAAUUUUAAAUUAGGUUUUCCAUUGUUCCUCCUUCCUCACCUCCACCUUCUCCACCUCCAUUUCGGAAACACCUAGAGAAGUGCAGGAUCUACCAGAUCUAAUCCUCUCAGUAAAUUUUGUCUACUAUAAAUAGGAAUACCUUUUCAACCGGGGUGGGUGGGUUGGAGAUUAUUUGAUCUGCAUACUCAAGUUCUGUCACUUGUUCAUUCCUACUUCCAAAACUGUUAAGAAGCUUCCCCAUAUCCUGCCGAAACCAAAUCUAUGUACCAUCUUCCCAUUACAUGUUUCAUUCAGCACCUCUUUGACUAUCCUCUUGCCAUAAACUCCUCCCCAAUAAAACAGCAUGAUUUAAUAUUUAACUUUUAAUAUUUUAAUAUUUAAUAUUUAACCUCGCCCUGCCGAAAACAUAACAACUUCAAUGUUCGCUGAUGUUGUCAAAGUUUUCCUUGUACCCAUGAGCGGAGCAUAUUAAAGAGAAUCCUUCCCUAAAAGAAGAGCAUUCAGGCCUCUUUCAUACUCCUAACUCAUUUGUACUCAUUUGGCUCCCUACCCCUUCUCUGUCACCUUCAGUUUUAAAUUAUCUUGUCUUUUCACCAUCCUUCACCCUGUCUUCCCCUUCCCCCUCCUUGUGCUUCCAUGCAAAUUUCCCUUUCCUUCUCUUUGACUUCUCUGUCCCUGGGCUGCCCUCAUCUAAUUAUCACCCUGCCUUCCAAACCUUUUUGAUGUUGGUCUUAACUUCUUGUAUGUGCCAUUUUCUAAUUAAUUUUGCCACUGUAUACUAUGUUAAAAUAGUUGUGGAGAUAGUGAAUAUGUUCCCAAAUGCUGAGCGGCUGCAACAUGCCUAUGCUACCAUGCUCAAUAAGGUCCUUUGAUGUUUGUAUGAUUUGAGUCCUCAUCUAAAGUUAUGUGAGAGUCCAUCUGUGCUGUCAGUGAGCUUCCUUUGCCUCAAACCUAUGUGAUUAUAGGAUUGAAUGGUUAUUUUCUCCCCCUUGUCUUGGUGAUACGAUUUACCUACACAACCCCAAUACUAGUCUUGAAUUAAAGAUGAAUUUACUAUAAAUAUGUGGUUACAAAGCCUACUUGUGGAGGAACCAAGGGCGGUGAUUCCAAUAAAAAUAUAUAGGGACAAGAAAAAUUAAAGUUUGCUAUGCAUUUGUUUUGAAUUGCCUCCCUCUAAACCAAGCGAACCAUGUUAGAAAAGUAAAACAAAUCUUUAAUUCUCAGUUUCUUUUAAAUCAGAUAAUAAUAUGUCCAAAGAAUGGCAAGCAGUUAGGUUUGUUUUAUUCUUACUAUUCUUGCUGUUUAAUGUUGAGGUGGUUGAAGGCAGAUUGCUGGUUACUAUUACACAAUUGAAAUAUAUAAAAUGGGUACAGAAACUUAAAAGUUAAUUACAAUAUUCUCAAUCUUACACUGUUUCUUGUUCAUUUGUCUUGGUGUACAGCAUUUGUAAAUAAAUGUGCAGCCCAUUUUAGUAAGCCCCAAUUUGAUAGCUUGCUACCAAUGGUAAAAACAGUAUGAACAUAUGAUAGGCUUAGAAGCUCGAAAUCCUUUUUCAACUGCAAGGUGAAUCUACUUCAUCAUAACUGCAUUGGUAUUGACUUUGAAAUGAGAGAUUAAAUUGAGGCUACAACUAACAUAUGAGAUAUGGGUAUAAGAUAUUGCAGCCGCAAUUUAAUAAGAAUAGAAAAGUUUUGAGAAUAUCUAGCCUGUUAUUUAUCCCUCAUCUCAUCAUUAAAUGAGAUUAACUAAUCAUUUAUACCAGAUGCUGUGUGCCGUACUUCGUGGUGUCUUUAAAGCAAAAGAUACAAAUCGUUCAGAACAUUAUAUAAACAACUGUAUAUUUGUAAAAUUCCUUUGAUAUUCAGCUUCAUUUGCAUGAGAAACAAUGGUCAAAAAUCGUGUUGCCAGCUAGAAACAAAUCCUUACCAGAUUAAAAUUUAAACAAAAUGUUUAUAUCAGGAAAUGUUAGGUUAAUCAGUAAACCAACUUUUAUGCAAUACUAUCAUUGAGUAAUAAACACAGAUAUCUUUACAAAGUAUAAUAUUGAGUUAGAUAAUUUUCUGUAUUCCUUGCACCUGUUCUCCCAUCCCCAUUCUGUAGGACUCAAUUCUGUCAUCUGUAAAUGAUGAAAAAUAUCAAAAUGCACCUUGUUUUAUUAUUCCACCAAAUCAUAACUUGUAUGUGGUGAAAGUGAUAUUUCUAGACUAUUAGAUAUAACAGUUAAAUUUUAAAUUUGUACAUCAAGGAUAAUUAUUGGGAGUUUGUGUCAAAAUUAGUAAGUUUAUUUAUAUUAAGACUACAACAUCUGUCAACUCAAUAUAGCAGCCAAGAUGGUGCCUUUAUUAAAUAUUACAAACUGUUCAUAAACAUAAUGGUUGGCAAGUAAAACAUGUUGAAAAGGCAUAGUCUGCUGAUCAGCAUGUCAAAGAAAUAUAUUUGGAUAAUGCUCGUGAAGGAAGACAUCUUAACUUUAACUUUAAUAGAUUAUUUUGUCUCUCUGCUUUUGGUCACAUUACUGCACAGCUCAAACUUUUUUCUGUGCUUAUUCAGCAUUACCAAUUCAUUUUCUUUCUAGUAAACGUGAUCAUUUUGCAUUAAGGGAAUUACUUCCUACCAUUUCCAAUAAAUCGUCAAAAAUCUGCAUGAUAACUCCGUUUUAUAGUAAUUUGACCAAGUAUUUGUUGCCAUCUGGGUGCUCAAGGUCUGCUGUAAUCUCAAUUUAUAUCCCAGCAUUCCUUAAAAUAAAUGGCACUUCCAUUCAGUAAAACAAAUAACCAUGUUGUAAUCAAAUUCUGCUAGUUAACUGGGCAUAUUUUUAAUUGCUAAAUCUCCAGUGUGACAGCUGAAUUUUGGUGCUGCAACCCUGCGAUAAAUCUGUGGUAGAGUGUAGAUUGAAGUAUGUAUCUGUUUAAAACUACUGCAGUUAUCUAAAGUAAACUUAUAACAAUAAAUAAAAUGCCAGAAUACUCAGUAGGUCAGACAGCAUGUGGAGAGAGAAACAGGUUAAUGCUUCAGAUUAUUCGCCGGUCAUUAGAACAAUGAAGAUUAUUAUUUUUUUAAAUUGCAAGGAAUGUUAUUUUCUUUGUUCUCUCUACCUUCCUCUACUCCGCAAAGCGUGUUUACCUUCCAGCAUUUUCCAGCCCUGAAGAAAGGUCGACUUGAAAUGUUAAUUCUGUUUCUCUUGCUACUGAUGCUUGCUGAUUGUUGAAUUUUUCCAGUAUAUUUUGUUUUCAAUUUCAGAUGUCCAGCAUCAGAAGUUUUUUGCUUUACUUAAACUUCUAAAACCAGAUGAGGCUUCACCUUCAUGUAAAAAUCCUUCUUAGAAGUUUAUAAGACUGUUCUGUGUAUAUUUUGUACAGUGUUUGAUAUUGCUAAAAGGAGUUGGAACCCUGUUGGUUAACUCUUAGUUUAUAUAAAGAAGUCUGCAUUGUCUUGCUGGAAAACUAAAGCAGUCAUUGAUGAAUUUUUUGAAUUCUUCAUGUUUAUACGUUUGUUGUUUAUAUACGCCAGAGUUUUUUUGUUUAAAAAAGUAAAUUAUUUAGUUGACAGCAUAUUUUGUUUUAAAGAUUUAACAAAUGUAUUGUGUUGGUAAUAUAAGCAAAGAGGAACUUAGAUGAAAGUCUGUAGACUGGACUUAUUCAGAUUUAUUUCUAAGAAGCACAUAUAGAAUAGACUUUGCUGUUUUGUUUACAAGAACUAAGGUGGAUUCUGGAAUGAAUCACAAAUCACAUUUAUACAGUUAUCUGAAAUCAACAAUUAAACUUAUUUGGAUUAUA